GAUACGAUAUAGAGUUUUAGAUCUGAACACAACACACUCACUCUCACACCCAACAAUCACACUCUGAUAUUUCCAACCAAAAAAACUGAAUAAUCCGAAUUUCACUCAACUCUUCUUUCUCUCUCUCUCUUCGUCAUUGCUGAAUCCUGAGCUCUCAUUAUACUUCUUCUCUCUUUCUCUCUCCUCUUCUUCUCUCUGUUUCUUUGUCUCUGAUUUUUUAUUCAUUCGAUUUUUUUUUCCACAUUGAAUUCCUCGUAACAUUGAUCACCUUUUCCAACUUUCUUGCUCUUUUUAUUUUUGUAUCGAUCUUAAAACUCGGAGAUCGCUUUUUCUCAAACCCUAGGCACUUCCUUCGGAUUUUAAGGUUGUAUUGUUUUUCUUAAUUAGUGUGUAACUGAAGAUUGUGAUCUGAAAUUUUGCAAGUUUCCAGGCAAAUUGUUGGCGCUGUUAUGAUUUUCGUAAUUCUUGGAGAUUUGGGGUAAUUAGACUGUAAUUAGGAUAUUAGUUUAAUUCUGGGGGAGGGGUUAGUGUUAGUUUUGGUGUUUCAGAUGAACUGUUGAAGGGGGCUGGUACAAUUUGGACAUGAGAAGCUCUUGGUUUAAUAAAUUGUCGCUCGUUUUUGGUCAUCGAAUUCGCCAUAAUUGGUUCCUAUUGUGCCUUCUUAGCAUUCUUGCAUUAGUUGCUCUUUUAGGAUCCUCGUCGUCGUCUUUGAGGGACUUUGAUACGUUAGGAACCCCUAGAUUUCCCAAUGUUUACACCAAUUAUAGGAAGUUGAAGGAGCAGGCGGUGGUUGAUUAUUUCGACUUGAGGUUUCUAGCAUCGGGGAGUAAUCCUAGGCAAAAGGAGCUUCCCCUUUGUGGGAAGGAGAGGGAAAAUUAUGUAUUGUGUUACAAUUUGAGUGCCAACGUGGAGGGUGGGUUUAAAGAUGGUGAGGAGUUUGAUCGACAUUGUGAGCUGUCUCGUGAUGAAGAACGGUGUUUGAUCCGACCUCCUAAGGAGUAUAAGAUUCCCUUGCGAUGGCCUGCUGGCAGAGAUGUGAUUUGGAGUGGAAAUGUGAAGAUCACAAAAGACCAAUUCCUUUCUUCUGGAAGCAUGACUAAGAGGAUGAUGUUACUGGAAGAAAACCAAAUUGCUUUUCACAGUGAUGAUGGGUUGAUCUUCGAUGGUGUGAAAGAUUAUACCCGCCAACUUGCAGAGUCUAUUGGGCUGGGUAGUGACUCAGACUUCCUUCAAGCGGGUGUGCAAACUGUGCUUGACAUUGGCUGUGGUUUUGGAAGCUUCGGGGCUCAUUUAGUCUCACUAAAAUUGAUGCCUGUUUGUAUUGCUGCAUAUGAGGUGACUGGAAGCCAAGUCCAAUUUGCCCUUGAGAGAGGUCUUCCAGCAAUGCUUGGCAAUUUUAUUUCUAGGCAACUUCCAUAUCCAUCAUUGUCAUUUGACAUGGUUCACUGUGCUCGAUGUGGUAUUGAUUGGGAUGGAAAAGAUGGAAUGUUUGUUAUUGAAGUAGAUCGGUUGCUCAAGCCUGGAGGUUACUUUGUUUUAACCUCUCCCUCUACAAUCAAUCCACAAGGAAGUUUGUUGGCAACAAAGAAAGGCAACAUGUUGACGCCAAUCGAAGACUUCACCCAGAGGAUUUGUUGGAGUCUUCUGGACCAGCAAGACGAUACUCUUAUCUGGCAGAAAACAGCUGAUGCACACUGCUAUACAGCUAGGAGACAGGGACUGCCUCUUUGCCAGGAUGAGCAUGAAAGUCAAUCUUAUUACCAUCCACUCGUCAAAUGCAUUAGUGGGACACAUAGUAAAAGAUGGACUCCCAUUCGUAACAGGUCCAAUGGUUCUCGGCUGACCUCGGAAGAACUUGAAGUUCAUGGUGUUCAGCACGGAGAGUUUUAUGAAGAGAGGGAAUAUUGGAAGUCAGCCCUUAGAAAUUAUUGGUCUUUGCUUACCCCCUUGAUAUUCUCUGACCAUCCAAAACGGCCUGGUGAUGAAGACCCAUUGCCUCCAUAUAACAUGGUACGCAAUGUCAUGGACAUGAAUGCUCAUUAUGGUGGUCUGAAUGCUGCACUUUUGGAUGGAAAGAAAUCAGCAUGGGUUAUGAAUGUAGUUCCCGUGGGGACUCGCAACACACUUCCCCUCAUACUUGAUCAAGGUUUUGCUGGUGUUUUACACGACUGGUGCGAGCCUUUCCCAACUUAUCCUCGAACCUAUGACAUGCUCCAUGCCAGUGGGCUUCUCUCACUCCUCAGUUCAGAGAAAUGUAGUAUGAUGGACUUGUUUUUGGAAAUGGAUAGAAUUCUCCGGCCUGAGGGUUGGGUCAUUCUUUCUGAUAAUGUUGGAGCUAUAGAAAUGGCACGCUCACAUGCUACUCAGAUCCGCUGGGAAGCCAGGGUCAUUGAUCCUCAAAAUGGAAGUGAUCAGAGGCUUCUUGUUUGCCAAAAACCAUUCUUGAGAAAAUAAUCAUUUUAUCAUCCAGAGCCUCACUCUGCAAGGGCCUCUGAUUUGUCAACUCGGGGCAGAGUUUACAUGAAUAUAUAUAUGUAUACAGAAGCUGCUUGGGCUAUUGACAAAUUUGGAAAUGUUCAUCCUUGAUAUGGACAGGUUGAAUUUGUAGAUUAGGAGAAUAUAUUCAUUGCAGAAAAUAGCUGCAAUUUUUUUGGCCAGGCAUUUGUAGCAAUUCAUUCUUUCUUAUUUUUACGUCCUCGUCCCGCAAGGUUUUGGUCCUGUUUUUUUUUUUUUGUCCAUUGUUUUUUUUAAUAUAUUUUUUAGUAUUGAUUUGUAAUGAGUAUUAAAGAAAGCAUAGCAACCACGAUGUGUAAGAAACAGGUGACAUAUUUCUUUUGAGUGGAAGAGUGAAGCUGUCUCAAUUUUCGAUCA